UAUAAGGAGAAGCAGAAGACUCCUGCAUGGGGCAGCAGCAGACCGACUCCAACAAACAACAGCUUUUCUUCAGCUGACGUGUGUCUGUGUCCGCUCCACAUUUUGAGCUCUUUCCAUAUACGAAGAUUGACUGUUCCUGUCUGAAAUCACCCACCCUGAGCAAUCACUAUCAUGUCUGAUGAAGCUACCAUCGCGACUCCUUCUCCUGCUCCUCCCGCUCCCACUGGACCUCCUCCCAAAGUGACAAACCGUGGCCGCGCCGCAGCUCCGGCUGCCAGCGCCAACUCUGAGACAAGCGACAUCCCCGAGUAUGAGUACUUUAUUCAACCAGGCCCCAGGGGAUACCCUCCUCUGACAGAAUAUCUGGACAUCAGUGAGGUGGACAUGAUGAAAAGGCCCGAUGAGAGCAACAAGAUAGCUCAUCACACCGCGCUGUACCACUCUGACUAUCUAAUCGUGCGCAGAGGACAAGAGUUCCAGGUCAUGAUCACCUUCAGUCGUCCCUACAAACCUGCUGAAGAUAAGUUCGCUUUGGAGUUUGUCAUCGGCUCCAGCCCUCAGUUCAGCAAGGGCACCUACGUCCCUGUCUUCCCCACAAAGCAGCGUCAGACCACUUGGGAAGGCCGCAUCACAAACACCUCUGACAACGUGGUCACCAUGGCCAUCACCCCAGCAGCAAACUGCAUUGUGGGGAAGUACCAGAUGUACGUUGCUGUGGUGACACCUUAUGGCAUCCGCAGGACCAGGAAGGAAAGCACCAGGGACAUGUACAUCCUCUUCAAUCCCUGGGUGGCAGAGGAUGCUGUGUUCCUGGAUGAUGAGACGGAGAGGCAGGAGUGUGUGAUGACUGAGAUGGGGAUCAUCUAUCACGGCGCCUAUGAUGACAUUGCUGAGAGGGACUGGAACUAUGGACAGUUCAACUAUGGAAUCCUGGAUUCCUGUUUGUACAUCAUGGACCGGGCUGAAAUGCCCAUCACCAACAGAGGAGACCCCAUCAAAAUCGCCAGAGUAGCCUCUGCCAUGCUGGACUCUCGGGAUGAUGAAGGUGUUUUGGUGGGGAACUGGACUGGUGACUACACCUACGGAGUGGCACCCACUUCCUGGACCGGCAGCACGGACAUCCUGCUCACCUACAACAGCAGCAAGAUGCCUGUCUGCUACGCUCAGUGCUGGGUGUAUGCUGCUGUUUUCAACACCUUCUUACGCUGCCUGGGCAUCCCAUCUCGGGUCGUCACCAACUACUACUCAGCUCACGACAACGAUGGAAACUUGAAGACUGACAUAAUCAUGGAUGAAAACGGCAGGAUCGAUCGAAACAGAACCAGGGACUCCAUCUGGAACUAUCACUGCUGGAACGAGUGCUACAUGUCCAGACCUGACCUCCCUCCUGGCUUUGGGGGCUGGCAGGUUGUGGAUGCAACACCACAGGAGACCAGUGAUGGCAUGUACAGAUGUGGACCUGCGUCAGUCCAGGCCAUCAAGCACGGACAGAUUUGCUUCCCAUUUGACGCUGCGUUCGUGUUUGCCGAGAUUAACAGUGAUGUGGUGUUUCAUUCCCGGAGGAAAGAUGGGACCAUGGAGCCAGUCAGAGUGAACCGAACUCACGUAGGCCGCCUGGUUCUGACCAAAUCUCCGGGAGAUGUGACCCGCCGCAACAUUACAGAUCAAUACAAAUUUGCUGAAGGCAGCACAGAGGAGCGGACAGUCCUGGAAAAAGCAGAGGAGUAUGGCUGCAAACGAGAGAAGUCCAGCCCUCCCACAGCUGAUGUGGACGUGAUCCUGCCCAACCUGGAGAUCAGCGUGGGUGACAACUUUGAGCUGAACGUGGAGUUCAUAAACAAGAGCGAUGAGCGCCGCACUGUGGACGCCUACAUCAGCGGGAGUGUGGUGUAUUAUACUGGAGUUGCCAGCACCGAGUUCCUGUUCCUGACCCCCAGGGUGGCGAUUGAACCCAAAAUGAAUAAGAAGGAGGUGGCGAUUGUGGAGUCGAAGAAAUACAUGAAGCGUCUGGUGGAACAAAACCUGGAGAACGUCUACAUUCGCAUGGAAGGACCUGGGAUGAUGGAGCCAAAGUCCAGGUAUUACAGGUUGGUCAUGGGAGGCUCUUCUCUGACCUGGACUGAGUAUUUUACUCCGCAGAGGGCCGGGACAAGCAGGGUGAUCGCCACUCUGGACUGUCCUGCUCUCCGGCAGGUCCAAGGCCAGGCGUCUGUCACCAUCAGCCCCUGAGAAUUGCUACGUUCACAAACGCCCAGUAUUAUUUAGCCUCAGUUAUUCUUUUACCACAUAUAGGCCUAUAUCAUUGUUAUGCAACUACAGUUUUUCAGCUACAUGGCUUCAGCAUUGCUUUCAAAUGCUGCACAGAUAGUAGUCAAAUUAAUAGCUAGCUGCUAAAUGGCUUAUAUUUUAUAUAAUAUAAUACAUAUAAUAGAUUCAGUUUUAUAGUAAAUGAACUCCGAAGGAAACAUAUAGAGCCCUUUUCCUGUAAAACACAUUUAGCUGUGGACAAAAAUGCCACAGACAAGAAUGAUUAUCAUCCCACUGGAGCUUUUCUCUCUUCACUCAUGUUUUUAACUCUCAUUUUAACACAGUUAACUUUUUAAACUCUUCUACCAGAUGAUUUACUAUGUUUAACAGUUACUUGAUUAUGAAUUAAAAUAUUUUUUAGAUGUUGUUUGCAUAAUGUCACCACAAUUCAAAUGAAAUUUCACAGUUUACGAAUGGACCAGGCAAUCAUACAGUAAAUCUUUAUUAGAGUAUUGUGACAUGUUCUUGGACUAAUUAGAUGUGAUUCAAAGUGCUUUACACUUUACAAAGUGAAGAUGUAAGAUGCAAAUGUCAACCAAAUCAAAGAUUAAAAACUGCAUGGUUGUGUAA